CAGAUUCAAGGCAGAUCGAUUUGCCCACACCGACACAGGAGGUUUGUGCUCAGGAUCAGAAGAUACAGAAGGAAAGUAUUCCCAGUGAGGGUGAUGAGGAGUCGGUCAUCCUGCCCGGUAAAGAGAAGCUGACUGAACCCUGGACCAGGUCUGUGGAGACACCAGUAGGUCCGGAAUACAGCAGCAUUACAGACACACUAACUCAGACUAUCACAGUUGGAGAACAUGAAGAAAAUGAGAUGCCAGACGACCUAACUCAAAUUGUGAAAGUUGAAGAGCACAGCGACUACGAAGCACCAGACAGCCUAACUCGAGUCGUAACAGUCGGAGAGCAACUACAAUAUGAGACACCAUCACAACAUGAGCAACCGUUACCAUCCUUUGGACUAUCUCCAGUAUAUACAAAGAAGAAAAACAUGUUUUUUUGUAAUAUUUGCUGCCAGCCUUUUCUUAAAAAAGUCGAGUUGAAAUCGCACCUUGCUGCUCAUGCAACACAAAGUUCACCAAAGUCCGGCAACAAAGCAUUCACCUGCUUCGUAUGCGGUAGAAGAACAGGCACCCGGAGUCAAAUGAUCUGCCACAUGAGAACGCACACCGGCGAGAAACCAUUUGGCUGUCCCAUUUGUGGCAACCGAUACAAACUGAAAGGUCACAUUAAAGAACACAUGAGGACUCACACCGGGGAGAGGCCUUACACCUGCUACAUCUGCGGCCGAAGCUUCAACAGAUCUUCGACCAUGAGCAAACACGCCAGGAUCAAACACAGGGAGUACAUGCCAUUCAAGUGCAUGCAGUGCAGCCAGCGCUACCCUCUGCUCGUCGUGUUAAAGCGACACAUGAAGACGGCCCACGAUGUCAUAUCCUCUGUAUGAGAUAAUGUUGAUGUAGCAACUCUGACUGCUAUUAAAGGCAUACUAUGCAGGAUUUUUCUGUUGCACCAUUCAAAGUUGGCUCCUCCUCCCCGGCUCGAUGGAGCACCUUUGGUUGAGCUACACAGGGCAUGAAUGAGGAGAGGGAGCAACCUUAGUGAGAACAAAGCAGUGAAUCAGAGAAGUAAAAGGUCAUUUUCUGAUGGUUAAAGCGUAAAAUAAACACCACACAGAUGCUAUAUUUCUGAACACUGAUCUGCAUCUUGUUAAAGUCCAGGUGAAAUGAAACAUUUUAACCCUUUAAGAUCGCCAUACUGUACUACUACAUACUGAGUGCCCAAAGGCUGACGCCCAGAAAUGUCCCAAACACAGCAAAAUAAGAAAAUACAGGUGGAGGGCUGCAGGGUCUCUGCACAUACAGAAACCCAACACACUUCUAGUGGGUAUGAGCCACACAGCGAUGCACUGUUUUUUGGGGAAAUCCUGCAUAGUAUGCCGUUAAAGUUCAGAGUUUACACUGGCUCUUACUCACAGAACUUGUCUGUCAAACACUGGGGUGAGUGUUUUCUUUGUAGGUUUAUCUUUUAUGAUUGUAUGUUUGUUGAAGUUGCAGUUGACAUUCUUUACUAAACUAGCACUUAUGAUCCACUGCACUAAUACAUGCACUUAUCAUACUGUUCAGAUGCUCCUGUCGAGUCGUUGUGAUUGCAAUCUGCUUCAAGUCUAACAUGUUACAUGCUCAGUAGAACUAUACACAACACUUAUGUACCAAACACCUAGUUAAACAUCUGCUGGGAAUUAACAUGUGUAUAAAGCUACACAUGUUAAUGUGUACUAGGGCCUUCUUGAUUAUACAAAACUAGUUUUGUUUUUUCAACUUUGUGACUGACAGUUCCUAUGUGACCUUGUUCUUAUUUGCUAGGUGCAAUGUUCUGUAUUGCCUGUGAUGUACUGUUCUGAAAGGUACAAUGCCAAUAAAGUGACAGUACAUGUAAA